CUCACUCUGAGUCAAAACAAUAUUCUGGAAAGUCCUCAACUUGGACUCUCAUGCUAAAAAGCUAACACAUGUAGCUCUCUUCUAUAAACUAGCUCCAGCGUUAUUUGCCAAAGCAGUCGACGUAUGCUAUAACGAAAUCAUGGAGACUUGCGAAAAGUUGGGGGCUUGUUUCAGCCGUAUUUGGCGUGUUUUUGUGUUGUAGUUAAAGCUGACGCUGUCUCUUAGUUAGCUUAGCAUCGAUCUGCCAAAAAAACUCUUGCUUCUCGUUGAACGAAACAAACGGUGGACUUUUUUCUCAGGUUUGACUGAAAUCACCGCCACAAAAUGUCCAUUUUAGGAUUAAAAAAGAAACAGCCAAAGACCUUCAAAGUCAAAGUUACCACUAUGGAUGCUGAGAUGGAGUUCAGCUGUGAGGUCAAGUGGAAAGGCAAAGACUUGUUUGACCUGGUGUGUCGCACAGUGGGGUUGAGGGAGACAUGGUUCUUUGGACUGCGUUACAUGGUGAAGGACACCUACGCCUGGCUAAAACCUGACAAACGAGUCUUGGACCAGGAGGUUCCCAAAGACUCACCUAUAACUUUUCACUUCCUGGCCAAGUUCUUCCCAGAGAAAGUAGAAGAAGAACUCGUCCAAGAAAUUACACAGCACCUUUUCUUUUUACAGGUGAAAAAACAAAUCUUAGAUGAGGAGAUUUUCUGUUCUCCAGAAGCUUCUGUUCUUCUGGCUUCCUAUGCUGUUCAAGCCAAGUACGGCGACUAUGACCCCAACUUUCACAAGCCAGGCUUCCUGGCUCAGGAUGAACUUCUACCAAAAACAGUUCUGAUGCAGUACCAGAUGACAGCAGACAUGUGGGAGGAGAAGAUCACAGCGUGGUACGCCGAGCACAGAGGCAUUGCCAGGGAUGAAGCUGAGAUGGAAUACCUUAAGAUUGCUCAGGACCUUGAGAUGUACGGCGUCAGCUACUUUGACAUCACUCAAAACAAGAGGGACACAGAUUUGUUAUUGGGGGUGGACGCUCAGGGUCUUCACAUCUACAGCCCCAACAGCAAACUGACUCCCAACAAGUCUUUUCCGUGGAGUGGCAUUCGCAACAUCUCCUACAGCGAAAAAGAGUUCACCAUCAAACCUCUGGACAAGAAGAAAGACGUCUUCAAGUUCUACUCCUCUCAGCUGCGUGUCAACAAGCUGAUCUUGCAGCUGUGCAUCGGCAACCAUGAUCUGUUCAUGAGGAGGAGGAAGGUGGACUCCAUUGAAGUGCAGCAAAUGAAGGCUCAGGCCAAAGAGGAGAAGGCCCGUAAGAAGAUGGAGCGACAGAUCCUUGCACGGGAGAAACAGAUGAGGGAGGAGGCGGAGCGGGCAAAAGAGGAGAUGGAACGACGACUUUUCCAGCUGCAGGAUGAGGCGCGACUGGCCAACGAGGCACUGCUGCGCUCAGAGGAGACGGCUGACCUGCUGGCCGAGAAAGCCCAGAUCGCCGAAGAGGAGGCUAAGCUGCUUGCCCAUAAGGCUGCCGAGGCCGAGCAAGAGAGGCAGAGGUUAGAGGUCACCGCCAUGAAAACCAAGGAGGAGAAGAGGCUGAUGGAGCAGAAGAUGAGGGAGGCGGAGCAGCUCGCCGUCAAACUGGUGGAGCAGUCUGAGCGCAGACUGAAGGAGGCGGAUCACCUGAAGCAAGACCUUACUGAGGCCAAGGAUGCCGAGAGGAGGGCCAAGCAGAAGCUGCUGGAAAUCACCAAGACCACCUACCCUCUCAUAGCAGCAUAUUCUGCUCCCCCUGCUCCGCCUGCUCCCCCUGAAGCUGCAGAAUUCGCCUACGAAGCCACGUCCUCGCGUCUCGACUUUAAAGACUCAGACAUGAAGAGGCUUUCCAUGGAAAUCGAGCGGGAGAGGCUGGAGUACAUGGAGAAGAGUAAACACCUGCAGGACCAGUUGAAGGAGCUCAAGUCUGAGAUUGAGUCUCUGAAGCUGGAGGAGCAGCAGCAGCAGCAGCAACAGCAGCAGCAACAACAGCAGGCUAGCAUGUAUGGUCUCCAUGGCGAUGCCAGAGCAUACAUCCCAGAACCUGUUUACAUUCCGCACAGUAACAGAAACUCGGCCUACAUGUCUCAGAUGGCUUUCUUUGAGGAGGUCUGAUGAGGAGGAGGAGGAGGAGGGUUGGUUGGUGUACCAGACUUGUCUGACCAGGACCCUGAACACUAAAGGACUUUUUUCAGAUUUUCUUGCCCUUUUGUUUUUACAUUUUUGAUGUGACACUUGACAUGCUGCCAGUUGACAUUUCAAGUCUUCUACACUCUGACGUCCCUUCAUGUCUCACGUUUGGACAGAGUUGAUGCCUUUUGACGUGGUUGCGUGUCUUUUAGCAGGUUUCACUCGACUUUGUUACAUGUACGUAACGCUCUGGACUCCACCUCCUGCUUGAUAUCAUUUGAAUUGUAAUUGUCGUGUAUUUAUUGGUGCCUUUAAAACGUUUUGUUCUGUUUUUUGCCACAUUCUUCAUUUUCACAACCUGAAUUUUUUUUAUUGUAUUUUAUACUGUAUGCAUCAUUUCAAUAUAACAGUGCUUGUGUGCUCUGCAUA